AUGAGGCUGAAGUUAACACACGAGGAAGUGCCGAAGCACAAAUCGCUAGUGACUGCAGUCGGAUGGUACAAGACCGGCAAGCAAUACGAGUUGUUGUCAGCCGGCGAUGACCAGGAAAUCUGGAAAUGGCAUGUCGAGGGCUCCCCGAUCGUGAAGCUGGGAAGCUGCGAGUCCUUCUGCACGGCCAUGGCAUGGAUGCCCAGUGGCAAAGGUUCAGAGAACACCUUUGCACUGGGAUGUGCCGAUGGGACCUUCAGAUUGGUCAGUGAGACUGGCCGAGAAGAGAAGAAGGUUGAUGCUCACCGAGGCGCAGUCAUUUCCCUGCGGUGGAGCUUCGACGGAUCUGCCAUCGCAACAGCUGGUGAAGACGGCAUUGUCAAGGUUUGGUCCAGGAGUGGCAUGCUGCGGUCAGCCCUGGCGCAACAGUCGCAUGCCAUCUACUCGGUGGUCUGGUCUCCGGAUUGCGAGCAUAUUCUCUUCGCGUGCAGUGCAAAGAUCCACCUCAAAUCCAUUCAGGCUGGCCAGAAACAGGUCGAGUGGAAGGCCCACGAUGGUGUCGUCAUGAUGCUGGACUGGUCUUUUGUCAACAAUACCAUCCUUUCUGCCGGCGAAGACUGCCGGUACAAGAUUUGGGACUGCUAUGGUCGGCUUCUCUUCAACUCCGCUCCUCUCGACCACGUGGUCACUGCCAUUGCGUGGUCCCCUACAGGCAAGCAUUUUGCCGUCGGGAGCUUCAACACCUUGAAGCUUUGCGACCGUACUGGAUGGUCCUACUGUCGUGAGACGCCAGAUGUGGGCUCCAUUUUCUCCAUUUCCUGGUGCAAUGACGGAACGCAACUUGCAUGCGGCACCGGGAGUGGGCAUGUAGUCUUCGGAAGCCUCGUCGAAAGAAGCUGCACAUGGCAGAAUAUGGACGUAAGCUUGGAUGAAAACAACAUGAUUACGGUGGUGGACAUUCUCAAUGAGACAAAGGAGGAAUUGGACUUCCGUGAUCGCGUGACCGACAUGUCGUUGGCUUAUGGGGCUUUGGUUGUGAAUACCAACAGCCAAUGCUUCAUAUACCAGUCGACAAACUGGAACACGCCUCACGUGGAGGACUUGAAAGAGCCACCAACGCUCAUUGUCCAGUGUCCACACCACUUCGCUCUGGUCGAUGCCAAUGGAAUUCAGAUCAUCAACUACGAAGGCCGACAGUUGUCUACCAUAAAGAUGAGCGGCCUUCGCUAUGAGUUCUUGAACCAUCAGACAUUGAGCAUUUGCCGAGAUGCAGUUGCCCUGGUAGAUCCUGCGCAGCCGAAACAGAUACGUGUGUUCGAUGUUUUCACGGGCCGUGCCAUGGGGAACCCUAUCCAGCACAAGCUCGACAUCGUGCGCAUCUCGCUUAACCAGCAGGGGUCAGGCAGCGAUCGAAAAAUCGCAAUCCUGGACAAAAACAAGGAUUUGUAUCUCACCAAAGCCAUGCAAGCGGACAAGACUGAGAAGCUUGGGGCCAUGGUGGACACUUUUAUGUGGAAUGACAGCACCGACAUGCUUAUUGCCCUGAUCGACGAAAAACUAGUUAUUUUCAUCUAUCCGGCUGUAUGCUUUGUUGACAAGGACUUGCUUCCGAAGACGCUGCAGUCAAAGACCUGCGCGGAUGCCGGUAAGUACGCACAGAUUGUCGCAUUCUAUGGCUCCAACUGCACCAUCAGAAAGGCAGAUGGCUCGGAUUUGGCCAUGGUUACCACCCCCUAUCCUCAGCUGCUUUACACGCACUUUGAGAAGGGCCAGUGGGAGCAGGCGGUGCGGCUGUGCCGAUACGUGAAGUCGCCGGAGCUCUGGGCCUCGCUGGCAGCCAUGGCGAUACAUCAGCGAGCACUGGACACCGUCGAGAUUGCUCUAGCCGCAAUAGAAGAGGUCGACAAGGUGCAGUUUGUUGCUCACAUCAACAAACUGCCAGAUGACGUCCUCAAGUCUGCAGAGCUGGCCUUGUUCUGUAAACGGCCGGAUGAGGCGCUCAACAUCUUGCUGCAAAACAGGCGCAUAUAUCGCGCCAUCAAGAUGAAUAUCCGCCUCCACAGAUGGAACGAUGCGCUGGAGCUGGCUUUAAAGCACCAGACGCACGUGGACACCGUCCUUGCUUACAGACAGCAGCAUCUUCAGCAAAUGAAGCAUGUUGAGACAAACGAUCAGUUCAAGCAAUGGGCAACUCAAGUCGAAGUAGACUGGGAAACGGUCAAGCGAAAGAUCGCUGUAGAGAAGGGAUCUUCUUUGGUUGAAGAGCUGCACGAAAAGCCAAUGCAUCGCGACUCACACUGCAGAUUUGAGCGCUCCAUGAUUGACCUGGCAGUCCUGGAGACUGCUAACGCAGAGGCUUGGUCCAACCUGCGGCGGCCUGAUGGUCCGGAGGAUGCGAAUCCCAUGAAUCGUCGGCUGCCUGCGGAGGUUGUGAGCAGACGAAAAGGCAACGAGCAGAGAGUAGGGCCUGGAAAGGGAACGAAGGAGGAAGCAGCUCCAAGCAACGUCUCAACUGAUCUGAAGCAGGUUCUGGGCAUGAAGCCCGAUUCCCGCGUGAAGUGGUUGGCAAGAGCUGUGCAACAAGCACAUCCGCAGGACGGUCGUUUGGCGCCCAAGACGAUCUAUGAUAUCAUUGCGCAUGCCAAAUUUGCCAACGAUGUAAGCGAGAAGGCAGGCCAGCGCAUGUAUCGCGUGGUCCACGCCAACCUGUCGCUCUUCUCGACCCGGCAGCAGAAGUUUCUCGAGAAGGAGUGCGCGCUGGCAAAGCAGUUCGCUGCCUCGGCUUUUGCCGCAGCUCAAGCAGAAGACGAGGCUCCAUCGAAGUCGAAGUGA